AUGAUAAAUAAAGCCCUGCGUACACAUGACACUGAUAUUCUCUAUAACCUUCGUUUCUUCAUUAAAGAUCUUCAUCAUCAAUUAUGUGCUGAGUACUUAUCUAAAAAGCAUGCUGAAACAAUAACAACUGUUUAUCGCGGUCAAGAAAUGUCAGGUAGUGAAUUUCAAAAAAUAUUGAAAACUAAUGUUGGUGGACUUUUAUCAAUUAGUAAUUUUUUGUCAACAAGUACUGACAGUGGGGUAGCUGCGUGUUUUACAGAAGGCGGUACAAAUCUGGCAGUUGUUUCUCUUUUGUAUGGAAUUGAUGUUGUUCCAAAUCUUCGUACAAAUCCUUAUGCUAACAUUGACAAUUUAGCUAUAUUCAGUCGGAGAGCGAAGUACUUUUUUCGAUGGACCGAAGAUGAAGAUGAACAACUUGUAGAAUUAGCUGAACACAUGAGAAAAGAAAUUGGCGGUACAUCUAGUUUGAUUAAUUUAGGAAGAUUAAUGAGUAUUAUGGGCGAAUUAACAAAAGCUGAACAGUUUUAUCAGGUAUUGUUAAAUGAUACAUCGAUUGAGAAUGAUCCUCAUCGACCUGCGGUGAUUUGUAAUAAUCUGGAAAUUAUACACGAUAAACAACAUAAUUCUGACCAAUCACUAGCUUAUUAUGAAAGGUCACUUAAAUAUGAAUUGUCUACAGUUUCACCAAUGCAAGCACUGAUUUCCUCACUUUAUAACAAUAUUGGAUCUAUACACUGUGCUCAUGCAAGAUAUACUGAAGCAUUGCCCGAUUUUAAUAAGGCACUUGAAAUUAGGUUAGCAACUUUGCCACCGAAUGAUAGAUCACCGAUCAGCACACCAUUUUUGACUCAGAUGGUGUGCGUGAGACCUGAUCUCAUCCUGUUGAUACAUCCAAUGGAUCCCCAACAUUUUGCUUCCACUUAA